AUGGGGAAGAACAAGCGGUCUCGAGGCCUAGCUCAAGAGCGUUUGGCGAAAAGGAGAAAGGAAGAUGAUGCUUUACUUGAAAAUGGCCUUUUCCUUCAGGAAGACGUGGGAAACCUUGAAGAUAAGAUUCCAACCGAUAAGCAAUGGGAAGACGAAGAACAAGACUACGAAUUGCAGCCAAGAAAAAUUCAGGAUUAUGAUGAAGAUCUGGUAGAAGGCCUACCUGUCAAAGUGAAAGGAAAAAUUUUGCGUCAAGUUCGUAGUGUUGCCAGACCUAAUGGCAAAUCGACUCAGAACGAGACCGACGAAGACCUAGAAGAAACGGAAGUUAAACAUGAAGUCAACGAAGCAAGUGACGAAGAAGAUGAACAUUCACCCUCGACCGAUAAUGCAGAGCGUAUUCUAAAGCUGAAAGAAGAGAUCGCUGACCUAGUCGAAUUAUUGAUGGAAGAGGUUGAAGAAAAUAUAGCAGCACUGACACGACUGAGAAAAAUGGCACAGUCCAAAAAUCCCAACACCUGCAAGUUUUCAAUGCUUGCGUUGGUUUCUGUGUUCAAAAGCUUAAUCCCGUCCUAUAAGAUUAGACCGCUAACAGACCUAGAGAGAAAGGAGAAGGUUUCCAAGGAAGUGGCGAAACAGAGGAAUUUUGAGCAAACCUUAGUUUCAAAUUACAAACUUUAUCUGGACUUGUUAACAACCCUAGCGAAGACCCCAAACAAUGCGGACACGCUGCAAGUAUCGCUUGGGGGCCUUGCCGCGAUCGCAGCCGCAGAACUUGCAACAUCGACUAUUCAUUUCAACUUCAGAACAGAGCUUCUCACAAUAUUGAUUCGGAGAGCUUGUAAACCUAGCGCGUCCUCAGAUGUGGCAUAUUCGAAAAUAGUUCAAACUCUGGAGACUUUAAUGAACGAUGAUGGUGAGGGAUCUGUAUCGCUUGAAGUCCUAAGAAUCAUGUCCAAAGUGCUUAAAACACGCAAGUUUAUGAUUGACGAAUCUGUGUUGAACAUUUUUCUUUCUCUCGAUGUUUUGCAUGACUAUGAUCCAAAUACAAAAGUAGAUCAGCCGGUCAGAAGGAAGAUAAAGAAGUCUGAACGAGUUCACUUGUCAAAGAAACAAAGAAAAGCACGGAAGGAAACGAAGCAAAUCGAAGAUGAGAUGCGUAAAGCCGAACAAGUAGUUUCAGCCGAAGAACGUGAAAGGAACCAAGCCGAAAUUCUUAAGAUUCUUCUGUCGCUAUAUCUCACUCUCUUGAGAGAAAACAAGGCUAAUUUAGUAGGUUCAGUGUUAGAGGGUCUUGCUAAGUUUGGCCACAUGGCUAACUUUGACUUACUAGGAGACUUUUUGGAGGUCAUGAAGGAAAUUAUCGAAACAAGUCAUAUUGACGAACUUUCUUUCGGCGAAGUGCGAAAAAUUCUUCUUUGCAUCGUUACUGCAUUCUCACUUAUUUCAAAUCAUACACAUAUGAAAGUCUCCGUCGAUCUGUCCUCCUUCGUUCAAGCCCUGUAUGCCCUACUACCCACUCUCUCACAAGACGCCGAUAUUGAGUUUUCACAUAAAAGUUUAAGGCUUGCUGAUCCUCUGAACGAUGAUUUUGUCAAGCCUUCUGUCAAUGUCUCUACAAAAGCCGAGCUUCUGCUGAAAGCCCUCGAUCACAUAUUUUUCCGAUCCAGGUCUGGCUCUAAGGACAGAGCCGCUGCUUUUGUUAAGAGACUCUACAUGAUGAUUGAAAAUACACCUGAAAAAACUUCAAUUGCUGUCUUGAAGUUUAUCGAGAAGUUGUCCACUCGCUACCCAGAAGUGAAGGGACUAUAUUCCACGGAAGACAGAAUUGACAACGGAGUAUUUUCCUUAGAGGCUAAUGACCCAACGAGAUGUAACGCUCGGACUGCGGUCAUUUGGGAAAAUGCAGUCUUAUUUGAGCACUACUCUCCAGCAAUUGUCAAAGGCGUGAAAAGCUUAUUUGUAAAAUCAAAAGAGGAGUUCUAA